AUGCCCAAGGACAAGAAAAAGCGUGCCCGUAACGUAGGCACCGCUUCGGCGUCGCAAAAUGCGCUUGGGCGUACGUUAGCCACACCCAACACCAAUCUGGGUCAGCAUUUUCUCAAAAAUCCCAUGAUUGUGACGCAGAUCGUGGCCAAGGCGGCCAUCCGUGGCACAGACGUCUGCCUCGAAGUCGGUCCCGGUACCGGUAAUCUGACGGUAAAGCUGCUGGACCAAGCUAAGCGCGUGGUGGCAGUGGAGUUUGACCUGCGCAUGGUCGCGGAGUUGCAGAAACGCAUCCAGCACACGGAGCAUAUGAACCACCUGCAGAUUAUUCACGGAGACGUCAUGCGCGUGCAGCUGCCGUUCUUUGACGUAUGUGUGGCCAACUUACCGUAUCAAAUCUCGUCGCCUUUUGUGUUCAAGUUGCUGGCCCAUCGUCCCAUGUUCCGGUGUGCUGUGAUCAUGUUUCAAGAGGAAUUUGCCAAGCGACUCAGUGCCAAACCGGGUGACGAACUGUACUGCCGAUUGUCCGUGAACACGCAGUUACUGGCCAAAGUGGAUCAGCUGCUGAAGGUUGGUCGCAACAAUUUCCGGCCACCACCCAAGGUCGAGUCGCGCGUGGUUCGCAUUGAACCGCGCAAUCCACCGCCGCCUGUUAACUUUACGGAAUGGGAUGGAAUGAUUAAGAUUAUCUUUAAUCGAAAGAAUAAGACGUUGCACUCGUGCUUUGCGACAAAAUCGGUACUAAAGAUCUUAGAGGAGAACUACAAGACUUACUGCUCACUGAACAAUGAGCUUCCGGAAGGUGACCUUAACAUGAAGAAGAAGGUGGAAGAGGUGUUAGCUUUCGAAGACUUUGGUGGAAAGCGUGGUGCUAAGUUGGACCAGGAUGACUUCUUGCUACUACUCGAGCGAUUUAACGCUAAUAAGAUCCACUUUUCCUAG